AUAUAUUGUUAAACUAAAUUAGAGAAAUAUAAGGUAAUUGAUUAUUGCAUAGUUAGAGAAAUAUAAGAUAAUUGACUAUUGCAGAGAAAUAUAAGGUGAGACCAAAAAAAUAGUUAAGUCUAAUGAAAGAGUCCAAUAACUUUUCAUAGGUAGAUUUUUUAAAAUUCAUUCCCUUUCAAUAGUAUAGAUUUUUAAAUUCUCUAGAUGAUCUCUUUGCUAUUGCUCAUAAUAGGAUUGCAAACGAAGACUUCUGAAGGCAUUAUUGACAGCAGUUAUUUUGUCUCUAUUUUUAAUUUUCUUUUGUUUUUUAUACAUUGUUCCUUUUAUAUUUUAUUAGACUAUUGCUUAUGUUUUAUUUAAUAUUUAUAUUUAUAAUUUAUCCGUAUGCAAACAAAUAUACAAUUUAAUUUUAAUGGCCAUCGCAUAUAAAUUUAUAUUGACAUACUAAAAUUCUUAGCUAUAAUCCGUAUUUUCUUACAUAUAUUUUUUUUACUAUGGCUUUAACUUUUAUUAUGUCUAAAUAUUAAAAGUUAUAAUAUUUUAAUAAUCUCCUCGUUCCGCGCAGGGCGCGGGUUAUCACCUAGUAUAGUACUAUUUGUCAAGUCAUGAUUUGCAGUAAAAUCUGUGAUAAUAGAUUCUGUAACAAAAACAAAUAACUACUUAUAAGUUAUAACUAUAAUAUGUAAAAAUCAUUUAAACUUAAACAAAUUGUCUGAAAAUCUUUGAAUUCCUAUCAGUUCUUCACCUAAUUAUUCACACCUCAGAUAUAUUUCCUUUUUACUACCUUUAUAUAUGAAUGGCCUUAAUUGGACUACAAUUUUGACAAAAUCUAUAACAUUUUGUCCUUGACAAAAUCUGGAAUUUAUAUUUAGACGUAUAUGAUAUAUCUCCACUAAAAUAGUCCUUAUUUCAGUAAAGAGUGUAUCAAAAUUUAUUGCCUUUCCUUCUUUUAUGGUCAAAGCAUUUAGGGCAUCAGCAAUGGUGAUACUCAAAGCACAAAUUUUUAGAAAUAGUAGUUAUGAUUAUUUUAUUUUAUUUUUUCAGAUUUUUUUUCUUAAAAAAAACUAACCAAUCGUGGGACGCCACAUGUCAGUGGGGCCCGCAAAUAGUUAAGAGGCUCAGCAAAUCGAAUCCUUAGCUAGGGAGUUUAUGAGUUUUUAUUGGCACAAAAACAUAGAUGAAGUGGGGCUAACAUAAUUUUGUAAUAAUUUUUUUCUUAAGGAUUUGUGCUAAGGAUCAUUGUUGCAGAUGGUCUUAGAACACCUGCAAUGGUGUUACUCUAAGAGGAGUCCUUAGAAAAAGUGUAUUUUGAUUUUUUAAAUAUUAUUAUUUAUUUUUUCUUUUUUAGAUAAAAAAAAUAAAUAUCAACCAAUCACGGAUCGCCACAUGUCGUCGGAACCCGCAAAUAGUGCAAUGAUUCACUAAGAAAGAGUCCUUAUUUAGAAAUUUUAAGGAUUGAAUCCUUAGCUUUUGGUGGGGUCUACCGAUUAUUUAAUUAUUUUUUCCUAAGGACUCCCCUUUAAGGAUUCCCAUUGUGGGUGCUCUUAUAUCCAUAAUGGUCCAACCUUGUAAUUCUUUUUUUUUGGCUACCAAAAAAUAUUUAAAUGGCCCUAUGAAGUAUGAACUCCUUAUAUUUUAAUAACAUUUUUGUCACAUUUAUUAAUUUUUAUCUCUUCCCCAAAUAAAAAAAAAACUAAAAGGGUUUCAAAUCAAACAAAAAAACAGUUCAAUUGUAUGUAUAAAUUGAGAGAAAACCCACAUUGUUUUUUCUUCUCUAAAGUUACAUCCAGCUGCUUCAUCACAAGCUUGAUCACUAAAAGCUUCCUCCUGGAAAAAAAACGAGAGACUCGUUGUUCAAGAAAACUCUAUUCAAAAUCUAACAAUUUGAUUAUUACAAGACAAAUCAAUCAAAGUUGUCACCUUUCAACUUGUUUCAGCCGUAAAGUUAUCACCUUUUCAACCUAUCCAUUAAAACACCUCUGUUUCUCUCUCUCCUCUCUCUCAAAGACAAUGAAAGAGUAUUGGACCUCUCUAGCUUCCCUUCUCGGCGUUAUAGCCUUCUGCCAGACCCUCAUGAACUCAGUCUUCCCACCAGAGCUCCGUUUCGCCAUCACCAAACACUUCAACACACUCUUCCAACUCUUCUCCUCCUACUGCUACUUCGACAUAACGGAGAUCGACGGCGUCAACACCAACGAGCUCUACGACGCCGUCCAGCUCUACCUAACCUCCUCCACCGUCACCUCCAACCGCCUCAGCCUCACCCGCGCCACCAACUCCUCCUCCACCACAUUCUCCCUCUCCAGCAACGACUCCAUCGCCGACACCUUCGACUCCGCCACCGUCCUCUGGGAGCACGUCGUCGCGCAGAGACAAACUCAGACCUUCGCGUGGCGGCCAAUGCCCGAUGAGAAGCGCGGCUUCACGCUCCGCGUCGAGAAGAAAGACAAAAGCUUUAUCCUCGGCUCUUACCUGGACCACAUCAUGGAAACAGCUAACGAGAUUCGCCGCAAGAAUCAAGAUCGGUUUCUUUACACGAACUCGCGCGGUGGCGGGGGAAUGGACUCGAGGGGGCUCCCUUGGGAGUCUGUUCCCUUUAAGCAUCCCAGCACGUUCGAGACGCUGGCGAUGGACCCGGCGAAGAAGAGAGAGAUCAUGGAGGAUCUCAAGGACUUCGCCGAGUGUGAGUCUUUUUACCGGAAGACCGGCCGGGCUUGGAAGAGAGGGUACUUGCUUUACGGACCACCGGGAACAGGGAAGUCGAGUAUGAUCGCAGCCAUGGCUAACUAUCUCGGAUACGACAUUUACGAUCUUGAGCUCGCGGAGGUAAGGAGCAACUCGGAGCUGAGGAAGCUGUUGAUGAAGACGAGCUCGAAGUCGAUAAUUGUGAUCGAGGAUAUAGACUGCUCGAUCGAUUUAAAGAACCGGAGCAAAAAGAAACAGAGUUAUUAUGAACCGGAGAUGAUGCUAACCGGGUCCGGUUUAGGAGGCGAUGAGGGGAAUGGGAACACGAUCACUUUGUCCGGUUUGUUGAACUUUACGGAUGGGCUUUGGUCCUGUUGCGGUAGCGAGAGGAUCUUUGUGUUCACGACCAAUCACAUUGAGAAGCUUGACCCCGCGUUGCUUAGGAGCGGGAGGAUGGAUAUGCAUGUGUACAUGAGUUACUGUACGUUUGCUUCGGUUAAGAUCUUGUUGAAGAAUUACUUGGGAUACGAGGAAGGAGAUUUAAGCGACGACGUUUUGAAGGAGCUUGAGAGGGUGGUUGAUAAGGCGGAGAUUACGCCUGCUGAUGUAAGCGAGUGUCUUAUUAAGAAUAAGAGGGAUAAAGAGAGAGCUGUGAGUGAGCUGUUGGAGGAUAUGAAAAGAAGGGCGGAGAGAAAUGAGAAGCAUGGGAAGCUAAGGGGUCAAAUUGGGAGGUUGGCUGUGGCUGACGACGCGGAGGAGCAGGAGAAGAGGGCUUUGGACAGUUCUUAUGGAGAAGAAGAAGAGAUUGAGGACAGCAUUUGCAAGAGUAGUGAAGAUUAAGUGUUCUAAUGUUUCAUUGUUCUUGAGUUUUUCUAACAUUCUAUGUUUACACAAUGUGAAGGUUGUGAUCUUUGUCUUUCUUUUUCUCCUUUUUGGGUAGUCAACUUUUAGAAGUGAGCUAAAGUGAAAGAUCAAGAAUAAGAGGAUUUAGAGAGUUAGUUGAAAAGAGCCAAUGGUGGUGCUGGAGAUUUUUUGUAUGUGGGGAUUAGAAAAUGCAAAGAGAAUCAUUGGAUAAACCAUUGGCAUAUGAUGUGUUAUGACUUAUAGUAAUAGUAGUGUUAUAGAAUAUCAUGGUUAUCAUAUAUUGUUAUGUACGGCCGUAUGGGAGUUUGUAUUUAAACUAUCUGCUUUAGUUGAUUAAGUAUCCCAAGAUUAAUAAUUUAUAUACAAGUCAGUGCAGACUUGUUUUGAGAUUU